CGUCUCCCAAAGAUACUGAAAACUAAUGCCAACUAUAAGGGCGGUCGCUAUGAGUUGGCCCUCCAGGAGGCGUUCAUGGCUUUCGACGACCUGUUGCUGACCCGCGAGUCCAUCCGAGAGCUGAUUACCAUUCGCCAGUCGUAUCCAAACAACCCGAUCAUCAAAGCCAACGCACCGGGCAUUGACAGCGGGUGCACAGCCAUCGAUAUACGCGGCCAACUUAGGCGACUCGCGAGCCAUCCUCCGGACGACGCGGACGAGAGGGCGCGGGUGGAGAACGCGGGCGGAGAAGUGGUGUCCGAACGGAUCAAUAUGGGUGUCAACGUCUCGCGAGCCUUCGGCGACCACUCCUACAAACGAAACACUGGACUCUCGAAGAAGGAGCAGAUGAUCAUCGCGUGGCCCGACGUCAAGACGGAGCCCCUGAACCGCACGACAGACACGGCGCUGGUGUUGAUCUGCGACGGCGUCUGG